AUGGCCGGGACCUGGCGGGCGACGGCGCAGGCCGGGGGGAUGCUGCUGGCCCUGCUCGGGUGGGUCUCCUCCUGCGUCACCACCUUCGUGCCGCUCUGGAAGAGCCUCAACCUGGACUUGAAUGAGCUGGAGGUCUGGACCAUGGGGCUGUGGCAGGUCUGCAUUGCCCAGGAGGAGGGAGCGCUGGAGUGCCGGGCCCACGGCUCCUUCCUGGCACUGCCCCCCGAGCUGCGUGUCUCUCGCCUCCUUAUGUGCCUCUCCAACGGGCUGGGGCUGCUGGGCUGCCUCCUGGCUGCCCCGGGGCUGGAGGCCUGGAGAGCCUGUGAGAACAGACCAAGGAUAAAGCAGAGGCUUCUGCUCGCUGGGGGAGCAGCAUUCGGCAUGGCGGGCACGGCCACCCUGGUGCCGGUCUCCUGGGUCGCCUACAACACUGUCCUCGACUUCUGGGAUGACACCAUCCCUGACAUCGUCCCGCGGUGGGAAUUCGGGGAGGCCACCUUCCUAGGGUGGUUCGCUGGAGCCUUCCUGGCUGCUGGUGGGCUGCUACUCGCCUGCAGUGCCUGUUCCAGCAGGAUGGCAUCGCCACCAGCCCCCGCUGGCCACCAGCCCCCAGCCACGCCAGGUCCAGCCCGGGGCCACCCUCUGCACCCCAAAAACGCAGACCUGGUCAUCUAG